UUUCUCUUUUCAUUAAAUUCUUCAACCCAGUUUCCCCUAAUAAUGUCGACUGUCAACGUCAAAUUCAUCUCACAGUCGAUUGUAGCGCUGGGACCUGUCCGUCUUCUUAUAGCACCAAUUCCGUGUGUAUCGUGAUCAAGACGUCAUAUUCCUCAAAGCCAUGUCUUUCACACUAAGGAAUGCUCGCCUUUUGGCCACCCGUGGCGCUCGUCUUCUUCAAUCCCGAGGCUACGCCGACGAGAUGAAGCUAACAUUCGCCGCCGGCAAUAAGGUGUUCUACGACAACGCCGAUGUUCGUCAAAUCGAUGUGCCUUCCUUCAGUGGCAGCUUCGGUAUCCUUGCUAAACACGUUCCAACAUUAGCUGUCUUAAAGCCAGGAGUUGUGCAGGUCUACGAAAACGACGGCAGCACAAAGAAGGUUUUCGUUUCCAGCGGUACAAUCACCGUAAAUGAGGAUUCAUCUGUUCAAGUAUUGGCCGAGGAAGCACAUUCAGUUGAGGAUUUGGAUCUUAAUGAAUGCCGACAGCUUUUAUCACAAUACCAACAACAGUUGGGUUCUGCUGCCAAUGAUCAGGCCCGUGCCGAGGCCGCGAUCGCUGUAGAAGUGUGCGAAGCACUUGUUAGGGCUGCCGAAUAAACUGAGUAACGUUUUAAGGUACAUAUUCGAAAUAAGAAUUAUUUCCAAUCCAAACUUGAAGUGAGGAAACUAAGCGGAUUCGUAAUGAGUAAAAUGUAUUGAGAUCAUACGGAAAAUAUACGUGUAACAAACAAAGA